AUGAUAUUGUACUGGGGCUGGAUACUUCUUUGGUUCCUCUCUCGAGAGAGAAGUAAAGGAUUUCAUAUAACAGAUUGCAACACUGAAAAACUUAUUUGGACUUAUCAUGCAAAAACCGAAGAGGAAUUUAUCUUAUUCUGUGAUUUACCAGAGCUACAAGAAGCCCAUUUGUUCCACAAAAGAAAACUAUCACCCACACAAGCCCCUGAGCAUGUGCCCUGUAAUGAUAGUUGGGACCAACGUGAUGUCCAAUGGUACUUACAACCUAAAAAUGGAUCCCCACUGCAGGAAAUUAUUCAAGACCAUUAUCAUAUCAAGAGAGCCCUGCAUUUUCCCACCAUAAGUGUGAAGGAUGCUGGAUCAUAUAUUUGUAGACCCAGAAUUAGGAGACCACAGGAUGAUGCUUGUUGUAUCAAGAUGGUCCUAGAAGUCAGACCCAAGCAAAACGCCUCCUGCUUGGGCCCGGGCCACGAGCAAGGCCUGCUCCUUGGCAGCACAGCUUCAAUUUCCUGUCCCAGUCUGAACUGUCGGAGCAGCACACAGAGUCCAGAAGUUACCUGGUACCAAGUAAGAAUGAUUUCUGAAACUGAUAUGAACAAAAACACUAAUUUCAAACCAGAUAUUCUGGAUCCUGACAAGGACACACUGGAAGUAGAAUUUGGAAAGCCUUUAACUCUUCCCUGCAAAGUACGAUUUGGCUUUGAAAAGGAUGUCAAGCCUGUGAUAAGAUGGUACAUCGAUGAUGCUGAGCAGAAAUGGUAAGUCCUCACACUCGAGAGGAACGGACAAGAAGAUGAUAAUUUCUCUCCAAUAAAGGAUGAAGUCUUUCAAUGUGUCCUUUCUUUGAAAGAAGUGACUCAGAAUGACCUCCACAGGAAAUUCAUCUGCUUUGCCCAGAACUCCAUUGGAAACACUACCUGGUCCAUCCAGUUGAAAGAAAAGAGAGGAGUGGUUUUCAUGUACAUACUACUGGGCACCAUCAUUCUCAUGGCGGGCACGCUGUCGGCAAGUGCUCUUCUCUACACGUACUGGAUUGAAAUAGUGCUCCUGUUUCGUGCCUACCAGAGCAAGGAUGAGACCCUCGGUGAUCAAAAGGAAUUUGAUGCGUUUGUGUCCUAUUCGAAAGGGCGCGUCUUGGAGAGCGAGGGUCCUCCAUCCCUGAGUGAGGAACACUUGGCGGUUCAUCUGCUCCCUGAAGUUCUGGAAAACAAACAUGGAUACACCUUGUGUUUGCUUGAGAGAGAUGUGGUCCCAGGAGGAGUGUAUGCAGAGGACAUUGUGACUAUUAUCAAGAAAAGUAGAAGGGGAAUAUUUAUCCUGAGCCCCAACUAUGUCAACGGACCCACUGUCUUUGAACUACAAGCAGCAGUAAAUCUUGCCUUGGAUGAUCAAACACUGAAACUAAUUUUAAUUAACUUCUGUUCCUUCAAAGAGCCAGAGUCUCUACCUCAUCUUGUUAAAAAAGCUCUCAGUGUUUUGCCCACCAUCACCUGGAGAGGCUUAAAAUCAGUUCCUCCCAAUUCUAGGUUCUGGACACAAAUACGCUACCACAUGCCUGUGAAAAAUUCCCAUUCAUAUGAAAGCAUCCCAGAAUUAUCCCAAGGAUGUUUUCAUUAGCAAGGACUCUGUAAAGUAGAAACCACUAGGAGGAGCUCGCAGCUUAGAGAAUGGUGGCAAGGGGCCCUUAGAGACCUGCUGAGAAGAACUGGGGAAGUUGGUGGGUGUAACCACAGCAUCUAUUGGGCUGAUGUCAAAUUGAAUGCAUCUUCUUCUAGACCCAGGAAAGUUUGUCACCCACUGGCAUGUGAUGAAGGCUGGUAUUCAGAACCUCUGGUGUUUGCUUGUGGACAGAGAAAGGGCAAAUUCUCAGGAGUCUUGCUCACAGUCAUUGUGCCAUACCCCCAAAUCCCCAUAUAUUCCCUGUGGUCUGAACAGAAUUAG